AUGGAGAAAUUCUGGCCACUCACGAAGUAUAUUAUUGCGAUCCAUCCACUGGAACGAAUUAAGGGCAGGACCAUCCAUGUAGAAGGGAAGGAGUUGAAGCUGUUCACCUUCUGGUAUUUUGAUGGUAUUCAAACAAAUGGAUCACUGCAAAAACCCAAUCCAAAGUGUUGGACCCAUCGAAUAGGCGAUAACGUCGUGGGAAAAACACUCGUUGAGGUUAAAGAGAUCCUUAUUGAGGAGUCAAAUGUGCAGCCCGUCAAUAGUCCAGUGACGGUUUGUGGUGAUAUUCACGGCCAGUUUCAUGAUCUGAUGAAACUUUUCCAGACUGGGGGUCAUGUGCCGGAGACAAAUUACAUUUUUAUGGGAGACUUUGUUGAUCGGGGUUACAAUAGUCUUGAAGUAUUCACCAUCCUUUUACUUCUAAAAGCUAGAUACCCAGCUAAUAUAACUCUUCUACGUGGAAACCAUGAAAGUAGACAACUAACACAGGUCUAUGGAUUUUAUGAUGAAUGCCAGAGGAAGUAUGGGAAUGCUAAUGCUUGGCGAUAUUGUACAGAUGUUUUUGACUAUCUUACACUUUCAGCAAUUAUAGAUGGAACUGUUCUUUGUGUUCAUGGUGGCCUCUCUCCAGACAUUCGAACAAUUGAUCAGAUAAGGGUCAUUGAGAGGAAUUGUGAAAUUCCUCACGAGGGGCCAUUUUGUGAUCUGAUGUGGAGUGAUCCUGAAGAUAUUGAAACAUGGGCAGUCAGUCCUCGUGGAGCUGGCUGGCUUUUUGGAUCCCGGGUCACUUCUGAGUUCAAUCACAUAAACAAUCUUGAUCUUGUUUGUCGAGCACACCAACUUGUUCAAGAAGGUCUUAAGUAUAUGUUCCAGGAUAAAGGCCUUGUAACUGGUGCGGACUUGCACAAUAGCAAUAUUGGGAUGGGCAGUGCCAAUACCUUGAGCAAGGAUUUGUCUCACAUUGAAGGGUAUGGUCUGCACCUAAUUACUGUUACCGUUGUGGAAAUGUAG